CUCUCUCUCUCUCUCUCUCUCUCUCUCUCUCUCUCUCUCUCUCUCCCUCUGUCUCUUCCUCUCUCGCUCUGUGUUACACUAACUGGUGCGGAUGCUGGAGUCGCUCAUGUAGAAGCUGCAUCGCUUGGUGCGUAUUUGCAUGGCUGAAUGUAUUUUUACUGCUGAGUUGGAUGAGUGGAGUACUCUCACAUCAAGGGAACCAGAUGGACUGAGAGGGAGAAGCCCAACAAGUAGCUAAAGAGUAAAACAGGAUGCCAACAACAACAAACAGAAGACACUGUAAAAGAGAGAGAGUUAGUAUGUGUGUGUGGGAGUGAGGUUGUGUGUGAGGAGCUUGUAUGGAGUGUGUGUAACAGCAGAGUCAGAUAAGCACAAAUCCAGGUGUGGAUUACAUCAGUGGGGAUAUCGGUGCCCUGGAGCUCCAUGUGGGCCCCAGCCCCUGAGGCCUGGCUGGGAGAUGAAGCCUUUCCCCCGGCACUAGGAGCACUGUGGGCAGCCAUGGCUCUGGAGGGGAGAUGUCUCCAGCGGGGAUCCCCAGCUGUGGUGAGGAGAGGCCGCCGGCGCCUCCCUGCAAGGCCAGGCCUGUCCUCAAUCACCUCCACCCUGCUGGCCAGGACACGUCUGCACGGCCUCAGGCAUGUGUUUGUCCCCGGUGGCUCCAUGGGCCGUCGGGCCUUCUGGCUGCUGGCCCUGUGCACCUCAAUGGGCCUGCUCCUGUCCUGGUCCUCCAACCGCCUGCUCCACUGGCUCUCCUUCCCCACCUACACACGGAUCCACACAGAGUGGGCCAAGGAGAUGCCCUUCCCCACAGUCACUAUCUGCAACAACAACCCCAUCCGCCUCUACAAGCUCACCAAAAGUGACCUGUACUUUGCUGGCCACUGGCUGGGCCUACUGCUGGCCAACCGGACGGUGAGGCCUAUGGUGCUCGAUUUGCUGCAGGAGGACAGCCAGGCCUGGUUCAGUAAACUGUCUGACUUCAGGCUGUUCCUGCCCCCCAGAAACUUUGAGGGCAGCAACCUGGAGUUUAUGGACCGGCUGAGCCACCAGCUGGAGGACAUGCUUCUCUCCUGCAAGUACCGAGGAGAACCGUGCGGUCCCCAGAACUUCACCUCUGUGUUCACCAGGUAUGGGAAGUGUUACAUGUUCAACGCAGCGGAAGAGGGGAAGACACUGCGGACCACCAUGAAGGGAGGGACGGGGAACGGCCUGGAGAUUAUGCUGGACAUCCAGCAGGACGAGUACCUGCCCGUGUGGGGCGACACAGAGGAGACAGCGUUCGAGGCAGGAGUGCGGGUGCAGAUCCACAGCCAGGCAGAGCCCCCGUUCGUCCACGAGCUGGGCUUUGGUGUUGCCCCGGGCUUUCAGACCUUUGUUGCCACUCAGGAGCAGAGG